AUGCGAUCAACUGUUACCUUUCUCAUUGUUUCCGCUCUCUCGAGUACCACCAUGUCCUAUAAUACAACGACCGUCUCUCUUAUCCUCCCGAGGCAGGAGGUUUCGUGCAAUGCUUCUGCCGUUGAGGCCAAACCCGACAUUACUACUUUUGCAGCGACCUGCUCUGUCCUUCCCGUUGCUUCCGAACCAAACGUCUUGCGCCCUAGAAUGACGCUAACCAUCGCACAAGGCCCUUCGACGUAUUCAUACUCGCUUGGUAGCAUCAUGACACAGUCUUGCGUGCUCGACGCCGAAAAGGACAUUGCCAGUUGCACCUUAAACUACCUGUACGAAGAGAAUGAGGAUGGUGAAGUACAAAAAUCGGAGAUGCGCACCAGGACAACGGAAGUGUCGGGUUACAAGUCGUUGAUGGUCCCCGUACCCGUCACUGCUGGUGUCGACAUUACACCUAUCGCCCCUGGCCAAGCCAACGGUGGACCGACGGCCACCGCGACGAGCUCGAAUAGCGCAGCUGGCCAAGCCAACGGUGGACCGACAGCCACCGCGACGAGCUCGAAUAGCGCAGCUGGCCCAAUGGCCGCACCAAUCGCCGUUGUGGCAGGUGUCGCUGCUGUUAUUGCUCAUGCGAUCAUUGUGUAA